AUGGAGUUCACGCGCCCCGACGGCGACGGUGCGUCUCAUAGCCGAAAAAGACGGAGGCUUAAUGGACUCGUGGAGGAAGAAGUUCAUCGUUCAGAACUUCCUCCUCACUACCCUCAUUCUAACUAUUGCCCUCCUCACCCCAGUCCCUUUCACAAUGGUACUCCCUUAGGCGACAACACUUUCCUGGAUCAGUCUCCUAGCCAACCUCAAAAGGCCUCGACGGGGUAUCAGGACAUUCUCCGUUCUAGAGGUAGUAAUCAUUUUCAGACUAGCAUGUACUCUCCCAGCCACCACGACCACAAUUAUCGGCGACAGAGACCCGCUGCAUUCUCCAAUGGCUCCAUCAAAUGCGGCAAGUCUCCCCUAGAUUGCCCUCUCCGCCAACCCCAAAAGCCUUCGACGCCAUAUCAGGACAUUGUCCGUCCUGGCAACUAUCCUCAGAGUCGCAUUCUCUCUCCCAGUUUCCACGACCACAGUUACCCGCCAAAGAGCCCCGCUGCAUUCUCAAAUGGUUCCCUCAAGCGCGACAACUCUCCCUUGGAUUGGUUUCGCCGUCAAACUCACCAAUCUUCGGAGCUGGAUAUGGAUAUCCUCCGUCCUGGUUAUUCCAAUGGUUCCAUCAAAGGCGACAACUCUCCCUUGGAUUUGCCUCUCCGUCAUUCUCACCAAUCUUCGGCGCUGCAUAUGGAUACCUCUAUUAUCCAUCCUGGAAACAAGUCUCGGAGUGGCACUCAUCCUUCCAAGCAUCGCGGUCUCAGUCAUCUGUCACAGAGCCCCGGCACAUUCACCAAUGGUUCCCCCGUAGGCGACAACGCCCACUUGGAUCGGCCUCGUCGUGAACCUCGCCAAUCUCCGGCGGUUGAUCUGGAUCUCUGUUGA